AUGCCGAACAAAGAAUGGCUAGCUAACAGCGUCAAGGAAGGAUUUAUCGAACAAUAUUUAGAGGAGGACCUUUUAGAUCGUACACUUCUCGGGCACGGUGGAUAUGGUGUUGUAUACAAAGCCAAGAUAAAGCAAUCGGGAGUAUCAGUCGCUAUAAAACCUUUGUUUCUCAACCGUUAUGGUCGUGAAGAAGAAUUAUAUAAAAAGUUUGUCAAAGAGGUGGCAACUUAUUAA